AUUGCAACCAUUGAAUUCUACAUUACUAUACUCCGCCAACUUUGAAGUGCAUUUCCUUGCCAACUUUAAAAUCAUUUACAUACUCGCCCGUGCUUCCCAAAUUUUGCUUCCUCAUUUUCCACGUUAAUCUUGGGUCAAAGCAUUUAAAUAAAGAAUUCUAGUUACUGUUUGUAUAAGGGCUCUGUGGCCUGUAGGUCUGCAUGAGCCUUCAAUGAAAGAAGACAAAGUCUACCCAGUCCUUUUCUCACUGUUAACAACAACUGGGUCAAACUUUGUGUGUUUCCUGUGUCUACAUUUCCCAUCAUAAGCUUGGCAUUCCAAGUCGUUCAUUUGCCGCAUUAUUCUAACGCAAAGAAUAGUAUUAGUUCUGUGCCUGCAGUCUGCAGAGGACAUUAUAUUUUUCGAGCCCCUCUCAUUUUUCAGACAUUGCAAGCCAGGAUGGGGAACUCGAUGGCAUGCUUCUCCCCUGCACACAACCCCAAGGAGCUGAACACCAAUUUGUCAAGGAAGCCCUCCAAGAGGUCACCCUACUCUUCACCUUUUUUUGGCUCAUCAGCUAGUACUAGAAGAACAAAGGGUUCUCCCAGUAAGAAACAGACCCUUGAAGAUGAUUUGGUCCUUCAACAACAAGCUAUCGAGGCCGUUCUGCUGUUCCAGAACCACCAGAAGAACAAAGAAUCGCAGCCCUUCAACCGGUCCACCUCUGUGGCUCCUGCACCAAAGAAGAGUCAGGCAUUUACAAAAAGCUCCAGCUCCAGGCAGCCCUUGGGUUCUGAUACUCUCUUCCAGCCUCUUGCGCUUGUUGACAAGCAGGAUGUAAAGAUUGAAGGUCUGGAAACAAAUCAUUUCGUACUUGUUCAUGGAGGUGGCUUUGGUGCUUGGUGCUGGUAUAAAACAAUGGCCCUUCUAGUAGAAAGUGGGUUCAAGGUUGAUGCUGUUGACUUAACUGGUUCCGGAAUCAACUCAUUCGAUACAAAUAGCAUUACAAGUCUUGCACAAUAUGUGAAGCCGCUUACUGAAGUCCUUGAGAAUCUAGAGGAGGGCAAAAAGGUCAUCUUGGUUGGACAUGAUUUUGGUGGUACCUGUAUCUCAUAUGUAAUGGAGUUGUUUCCAUCUAAAAUAGCAAAGGCCAUUUUCAUCUCUGCAGCAAUGUUAACUAGUGGGCAGAGUACUCUUAAUCUAUUUGCUCAACAGACAAGCUCGAAUGAUCUCAUGCGACAAGCUCAGAUAUUCUUGUAUGCAAAUGGGAAAAAUCAACCACCUACUGCUAUUGGUUUUGGCAAAAAAUUUACCGAAGACUUAUUGUUCAAUCAAAGUCCCGCAAAGGAUGUUGCAUUAGCAUCAGUAUCGAUGAGGCCAAUCCCUUUUGCACCAGUCACUGAGAAGCUCAUUCUUUCUGAGAAAAAUUACGGAUCUGUCAGGCGGUUUUUCAUAGUUACUCAAGAAGAUCAUGCCAUAAGUGUUGCACUACAGGAGGAAAUGCUGGAAUCAAACCCGCCGGAACAGUUCUAUAGACUAAAAGGCUCUGAUCAUGCACCUUUUUUCUCAAGGCCUCAGGCUUUGCAUAGGAUAUUACUAGAGAUAUCCCAGGCUCCCCCUAUCUGAGUUGAGCCCCAAUUGCCUACCAGAUUACAUGUAGCCAUGUAGGAAUGUUAUAAAGAGUCUACAACAUAAUAGGUUUCAUAUUGUUGAGUGUAAAGUGUCCAAGGCAUCAAAACUUGUAUAAAAUGUGUUUACCUCUGGUUUUUUUCGAUGAAAGUGUAUAAAAUGAAGCAUAUCUGGUAUU